CUCCAGAGCACCAUCAAGGCACUGGCACACAGGCGCUAUGGCAAACGACGUGCAAGUCCCGCUGUCCCCGCUGAAAGGGCGGCACGCUCCUGCAGUGAAAGCUGGAGGCAUGCGGAUUUCCAAGAAACAAGAGAUGGGCGUUUUGGAAAGACACACCAAAAAAACAGGACUGGAGAAAACAAGUGCCAUCGCAAACGCUGCCAAAAUCCAGAUGCUGGAUGCUCUGAACGACACACUGGACAAGCUCAACCAUAAAUUUCCAGCAGCAGUUCACACAGCACAUCAAAAGCCCACACCUGCUCUGGAGAAGGCCACUCCCCUGAAACGGGCCUACAUUAUCCAGCAGCCUCGAAAAUGACAGGCCGGGAUGUAAAACUCAGCCAUCUGGUCAACCUUCCUGUUAUCUGACAGCUCAAGAGAAAUGACCAACACUUCCUGUAGGCCUGCUGCCCUUACUUGGUAAAUAAAACAGCUUUUGUAUCUUCCCUUUUUACUUUGGAUAAUAAAGUUCCCAAAA